UGCAUCAUAUUCUCAUUAGAUAAAUUAAGCAAGUUGAGAAAAUGAAUGCAUAAAUAUCUUCUGCCGGAGAUUAAUUAAUUAUCCAAGAGCAAAAGACAGGAAUGCCCUUCAACUUGCCAUUAUUUAAACAGACAUGCAUGGCUUCGUUUCUCUCACAAGUUACAUCGAUAUAUACAGAGAGAGAGAGAGAGAGAGAGAGAGAGGAUGGUGAAUGAAAAUGGGAAAAAGGUAUGUGUGACUGGAGGAACUGGUUUUCUUGGAUCAUGGAUGAUCAAGAGGCUACUCGAAGAUGGCUACGCCGUCAACGCCACUGUCAGGCUCGAUCCAGAGCGGAAGAGGGACAUUAGCUACAUCACCAACCUCCCCGGCGCGGCGGAGCGGUUGCAGAUCUUCAACGCGGAUCUCGACAAGCCGGAGACGUUCGCCCCGGCGAUCGAGGGCUGCGGCGGCGUCUUCCACACGGCCCACCCGCUGGACUUCGCCGAGAAGGAGACGGAGGAAGUGAAGCUGAAGCGCGUCACCACCGCCCUGCGAGGCAUCCUGCAGGCCUGCGCCGACUGCAAGACGGUCCGCCGCGUCGUCUACACCGCGAGCAUCUCCUCCGCCGCCUUCGACCCCGCCAACAGCGGCGGCAAGCUCAUCGACGAGGACUCGUGGACCGACGUCGACUUCAUCCGCAGCCUCAAGACCUUCGGGGGGCCCUACAUCGUCACCAAGGCGCUGGCGGAGAAAGCCGCCAUCGAUCUCGCGGCGGAGCUCGGCUUGGACCUCGUCUCCCUGAUUCCGACGUGGAUCACCGGCCCUUUCAUUUGCCCUAAUUUUCCGGAUUCCGUUUACGUCUCCCUGGCCUUGAUUCUCGGUGAUGAGGGGCACUACCAGCACCUAAAAGAAUCGAGUUUAGUCCACGUGGACGACGUGGCUCGAGCUCAUAUCCACCUGCUCGAGUAUCCCGACGCCAAAGGCCGAUACAUAACGGCGGCGGCGCAGUUCGGCAUCGCCGAGCUUUGCGAUUUCCUCUCCCUCAGAUAUCCAGAAUAUAAGAUGCCAUCACCUGAUUCGUGGAAGGAUGUGACGGCGGUGAAAUUUUCCGGGCUGUCGACGAAGAAACUGGAAGCCACUGGAUUCAAGUACGAGUAUGGAUUGGAGGAAAUGUUUGACGGCGCGAUUAAAUCAUGCAAAGAAAAGGGGCUUAUUAAAUAAUAAGUAAUUACUUUCGUCUUAUUUUUAUUAUUUUAAUGUUUUUUAUGGUGUUGGUUGACGUUUGUUUGGUACUACAAAUUAGUUCGCUAUGUACUAUAAGCCGUGGAUUGAAAUAAAACGACGUUGUUUCAUAUGAUAAA